UUAGUUCGAGGUGGUCCAGAUUCCGAAAUUGAAGGGCGUAAAGUUUCCUCGCAAUUUUCCCAUCAGAAUUGCGUUCAAAUUGCACGCGGAAUAGCGGAAAAAUUGCAGAAAAGUACGUCGGAGUGAUCAGUGAGUGUGAAUCAGUUGGUGGUUUCCGGUAAAUGGUGAUAUUCCUGGUGAAAUUCGUGUGUUUUGUGCGGCAAAUCCUCUCGGCGGCGACAUCAAACAAAACAUCCUUCAUCGAACUUGCGCAAAGUGGGUAAACAAUGGCGUGGCGCUUCAAGGCAUCCAAGUACAAGAAUGCCGCUCCAAUUGUCCCCAAACCCGAAGCCACGAUCCGCGACAUCAUCGUUGGCUCCUAUCAGAAUCAUGGGAGCAACAUUGCCGCCUCGGCUGCCUUUAUGGCCUUCAACUGGGAGCAUACGGGAACGAGCCUUGCGGUGCUUCCGAUUGAUGAUUGCGGGAGGAAGAGCAAGACGAUGCCUCUCCUUCAUGCACAUUCAGAUACCGUGACUGACCUGGAAUUUUCGCCAUUUCACGAUGGAAUCCUGGCCACGGGGUCACAGGAUUGCCUCGUGAAGAUCUGGCAUAUUCCACCAAAGGGUCUAGCCACUUCCAUCACCAAUCCCGAGUGCACGUUCAGCCACAAACAGAGGCGCAUCGAGAGGGUGGGUUUCCAUCCGACGGCUGAUUGUUUGCUGCAUUCCACUUCGGCAGGAACCAUCAAUCUCUGGGACAUUACGGUUCAGGAGGAGGCAUUCUCCAAUAAUGAGCAUCCGGAAGUUAUUCAGUCGGUAAGCUGGAAGAGAGAUGGAACAGUUUUGGCGACAACUUGCAAAGACAAGAUGAUCCGUGUGAUUGAUCCUAGAGCAAAUAAUCCUAUGUCUUUGGUUGCUGACAGUCACCAAAGUAUUAAGGAUUCACGUGUUGUAUGGCUGGGAGAGCAGAAUCGUAUCCUAACUACAGGAUUCGAUGCUCAGCGUCUCCGGCAGGUUAUAAUAAGAGAUGUUAGGAACUUUUCAACUCCUGAAAAGACUUUGGAAUUGGAUUGUUCGACUGGUAUUUUGAUGCCUCUAUUCGAUCCGGAUACAAAUAUGCUCUUCCUGGCUGGAAAGGGUGACUCCACGAUCUCCUAUUUGGAGGUUACGGAGAAGGAGCCUCAUCUGAUAGAAGGGCUGAGGCAUACGGGAGAACAGACGAAGGGAGCAUGUUUGGUGCCCAAGAGGGCACUUAGGGUGAUGGAGGGGGAAGUUAACAGGAUUCUCCAGCUGACUUCCAACUCUGUCAUCCCGAUUAUGUAUCAGGUGCCACGGAAAACCUACAGGGAUUUCCACAGUGAUCUCUAUCCGGACACUUGUGGCUUCCGGACUGAUCUCACAGCGGCUCAAUGGCUCAAAGGGACCAAUUUGCCGGUGCCCAAGAUGAGCCUCGAUCCAGCUAAAAGGGAAUUGGGUGCACAGCCAAUCACGGUCCAUCGCGGAAACCUAAUGGAAAUGGUUGAAAAUAUGAGCAACCGAGCUCGAUGUGCCGUUGACGAACCAAAGAAGCUCAAGGAAUCACCAAUGAUAAAAGCAAACUACAUGCCAAUAAAGGAUAAGAUCAAGCAUAUGGAGGAGUACAACAAGACGCCAAUUGCUGCAGAAAAGUGCGAUAAGGGUGAGCUCAAGGGGGAGGAGAAUGGCAAGAAAGAGGAGAUUGUUGUGGAGGUUAAGAAGUGUGUGGAAUCCAAUGGAGAGACUGAGCAUAGUGAUGAAGAUCGUGUGGAUAGAAUUGGUGAGAUUGGACGACAAGUCAUCAUUCCACCGACUCCCCUUCCACGCACUUCUCGCACAAACUCCAUCAGUGACUACUCCUCUGAAGACUCAAGCAGUGGCGGAUCUGGAAAUUGUGCUCCUCGUCCCAGUCCAAGGCCCCGAAUUACAGCUGUUUCUGUCGGCGGUGGAUACAAGCCACGUUUGGGUCCAAAGCCAUUUGUUGGUUGCACUUCGUCAACAGAGUUUUCGUUCGACAAAGUUUUUUCAGUUCCACAAGUUCCGGGAACUGAGCAACAAUCGGCAAAUGGUCCAAAUGCCGAUCAUGAGAAGACUGAUCAAGAUACAUCUGGAUCCAAUACCGAACAGGAGAAUUCGGAGGAGAAAACAGAUAACUCUCCCGAAAUGGAGAGUACAGAAUGUGAGGCUCCGGUUGAAAUUGCCGAGCCUGAAAGUCAGGAACAGGUCGCAGAAUCAAAAGAGCAGGAAGAGAAAAAGCCCGAAGAUGCUGAGGAAGAUCGUUCAGAUGCGGCAACUUCAAUUGCUGAGCGUCGUAAGAUGUAUGAGCAUCGUUCUUUAAGUAUUCAGGAGGAGAAGGCAGCAUCGCCAACUCCUCUUCGUCGUCGGAACUCUAUGAAGCAGUGGAAUGGCAAGGAGGAGGAACAUUCAGCACCUCCUUCUGCUCAGACCACUGUUGUCGAUGGAGAGACGGCAGGUAGUGGAAAGACUGGGAAGAGAACUUCAACGGUAUUUGGAAGAGUUUCCAAGUAUCGACACUUGAAGGGGACUCCCGGACACAAGUCCACGAGCAUUGAGAAUGUGAGGAACAUUAGUCGUCAGUUGCCGGGAGAAUGUGAUGGUUUCCACGGCAAUGCUCAGAGAGUAGCGGUUCCUCUGGCUGGUCCGGGUGGAAAGAUUGCCAUUUAUGAGUUAGACAAGUGUGGACGUCUACCGGAUGGAGUGAUUCCAUCUCUGGUCAAUGGAAGCAAUAUUAUGGACUUCCAGUGGGAUCCUUUCAAUUCAAGUCGCCUGGCGGUGGCAUGCGAUGACGGAAUUGUUCGACUUUGGUUGAUCCCAGCUGGCGGUCUGACUGAACCCAUCAAUACUCCCCAGUCGGAACUCGUUGCACAUUCUGACAAGAUCUACUUCAUCAAAUUUCAUCCAUGUGCCAGCGAUGUCUUCCUCACGGCCAGCUACGACAUGACAGUAAAGCUGUGGGAUCUGACAGAGAUGAAGGAGUGUAUUGUACUCCAGGGACAUACUGAUCAGAUUUUCAGCUUUGCCUGGAGUCCCUGUGGCACUUUUGGGGCGACUGUCUGUCGAGAUGGACGUCUUCGAGUGUACAACCCUCGAAAGUCGGCUGAACCAAUUGCAGAAGGACCCGGACCUGUUGGUACUCGAGGUGCUCGUGUAGUCUGGGCCCUUGACGGGGAAUUCAUCGUCGUCACUGGUUUUGAUAAAGUGUCCGAGCGUCAGAUCACAAUCUACCAGAAGGACAACUUGACUGUGCCAUUGAACACGGUUGGCAUUGAUGUGUCACCUGCCAUUCUCGUGCCGUUCUACGACGAAGACAGUUCAACACUCUUCCUCACUGGGAAGGGCGACUCAACAGUUUUCAGCUUUGAGAUCACAGAUGAGGCUCCUCACAUCUGUCCCUUGUCGCAUCACAGAGGUACUUCGGUGCAUCAGGGUCUGAGUUUUCUGCCGAAAAAUCAAUGCAAUGUGGCCAUUGUGGAGUUUGCACGAGCUCUUAGACUCACCAACAACAUCAUCGAAUGGCUGAGUUUCACGGUACCGCGUCUCAAGAGCGAACUCUUCCAGGAUGAUCUGUUUCCGCCAACGCGAGUCACGUGGGCGCCCAGUUUGAGUGCCAGAGAGUGGUUUGCCAAUAAGGACAAGGCACCUAGUAAAGUUAGCUUACAGCCAGAGGGCAUGGCAUGCUUGUCUUCAAGCAAAUUGCCAUCAAAGUCUGAGUCUGGAAAAGCUGUAGAUCAAGCUCCAGUAGAAGCCAUUCCUCCACCGCAUCCAGGAGCCAGCAUGAUGUUCAGGAGUGAUGUGACAAAGCAGAGAGAGAAGGAUAUUCAGAAGAGUCUCAGUUCUCGAAUGGAAGUCAAUCUCUCAAAGAUUGAGUAUGACAAUGAGAAUGGGGUUGAUGAGGAAGAAUGGGAGGGUUAAGCUCUUAAACUGCAAAAGCCAUUUAAAUAUUACGCCCUUAUUGGCGGAUUUUCUGCAAUUUUUAUCGCAUUUUUUACAAAGUUGGGAGAACAUAUCGUGAAUUUGAGGAUCAUGACGACGACUUUCUAGCGCAACAAAAAUAUACUCCUGCAAAAGUUUAAGUAGAAGAAGGAUUUUUACUGUGACAAAAAUAUUCCAGUUAAUAGAUGUAAAAGUAUCUCUUAUUCCAUUUAUCAGACAUCUCCUAUUUCUUUUUUAUAAUGAAAUAUUCUCAAAAAAAAAUGACAUUUUUGCUUAAAAGAAAUUGUGUGUUGUGAUAUUUUUAUUUAACCGUCAUAGUAUUUGAUUAAAAGCGACAACAACAAAAUCCAAACUAGUCGGUUUACUAUAAUCUCUCUAGAUGAAGAAAAAAUACUUCCAAUUUAUUAAAAGUUUAAAAACUAUCGCUCUCCUUCCUUUUUUUUGCAUAGAACAAUUCUUUUUUUGAUAAAGAGUUUUGUAAUAUUUAAAAAUAAAUUUAAAAAAAUAAAUAAACAAGUUCAACUGAAAUAUUUGUGUAAUUUAGGGACAUAUUCGAUAAAAAAAAACUUUUUUACAUUUAUAUGAAAAAAGGAUAUAAAAGUAUUUAAACAAUUUUAUACAAUGCUGAGAAUUUUUCAAAGGCAUAUUUCUAAUUAAAAUAAAAAGAAAAUGAUGGAAUUGUAGCAAAAAUAAUCGUAUUAAUCCAUUGCAUAGGCAUUAUUUGCAAUUUAUAAAGCAUUGAUAUAUGGAAAUAAAAGUGAUGUGCAUGCUCAA